AACCAAGUACCUCCUGUGAUGUCACUGAGGGUAACCCCUGUGAAGCCGGCUGGCCACGCCCCCAGCCAGACCUUCCCCGCACCGCUCUUCCAACUACACAAAAAGGAUGGGGAGAUGGGAGAGAGGGGGGAGACAGGGGAGACGGGGGAGACAGGGGAGACAGGGGAGACGGCGGAGACAGGGGAGACGGCGGAGAACAGGUGCACAAGGAUCCCCGGAAAGGAGGUUCACUUAAAUUUCAACAACAACAACAACAACAAUGAGGAAGAGGAAGAACAGAAGAAGAAAAAGAAAAUUGAGAAGAAAGAGAGGAAAGAGCAAAAACAAAAGAAAGACAAAGAAGAAAAAGAGAAGAAGGAGAAGGAGGAGAAGGAGAAGAAGGAGAAGGAGGAGAAGGCCAAAGCCGAGGCGCCUAAAGAGAUCACAGUAAUAGACCCUUCAGGGAACACAUACUAUAACUGGCUCUUCGUCAUUACAAUGCCUGUCAUGUACAACUGUACCCUCAUCAUCGCCAGAGCAUGUUUUGAGGAGCUCCAGUCAGACUACCUGGUCUACUGGUUCAUUAUUGACUACGUCUCUGACCUGGUCUACCUGGCCGACAUGGUGUUCAGAACCAGGACAGGUUACCUGGAGCAAGGUUUGUUGGUGAAAGAUGAGAAGAAGCUCCGAGAUUGCUACAAAAAGUCCCUGCAGUUUAAACUGGACCUGGCCUCCAUGAUCCCCACUGACAUCCUGUACUUUUACUUUGGACUAAACUACCCUGAGAUCAGGCUCAACAAGCUGUUAAGAUUCAACAGGAUGUUGGAGUUUUUCCAGAGGACAGAGACUCGUACCAACUUUCCUAAUGUGCUGCGCAUCUCCAACCUGGUCAUGUACAUCGUCAUCAUCAUUCACUGGAACGCAUGUCUGUACUACUCCUUCUCCAAGGCUGUUGGUUUCGGAGCUGAUAAGUUUGUCUACCCAGACAUAACUGACCCUGAGUUUGGCCGCCUGGUCCGGAAGUAUGCCUACAGUAUGUACUGGUCCACUCUGACCCUGACCACAAUUGGAGAAACUCCGCCCCCUGUAAAGAACUCGGAAUACUUCUUCGUUGUUGCAGACUUUUUGGUUGGCGUGUUGAUCUUUGCCACCAUCGUAGGUAACGUGGGUUCCAUGAUCACCAACAUGAACGCUGCCCGGGCAGACUUCCAGGCCCGCAUAGACGCCAUCAAACAGUACAUGACCUUCAGGAAGGUCACCAAGGACCUGGAGAAGCGAGUGAUCAAGUGGUUUGAUUACCUGUGGACCAAUAAGAAGGCAGUAGACGAGAGGGAGGUCCUCAAGUUCCUUCCAGAUAAACUAAGGGCAGAGGUCGCCAUCAACGUUCACCUGGACACGUUAAAGAAGGUGCGUAUCUUUGCUGACUGUGAGGCUGGCCUCUUGGUGGAGCUGGUCCUGAAGCUUCAGCCACAGGUCUACAGUCCGGGCGACUACAUCUGUAAGAAGGGUGACAUCGGACGUGAGAUGUACAUCAUCAAGGAAGGAAAGCUGGCCGUUGUUGCGGACGACGGGAUCAAACAGUUCGUCGUCCUUAGUGAUGGAAGCUACUUUGGGGAGAUCAGCAUCCUAGCAAUAAAGGGCUCUAGGGCAGGAAACCGGAGGACAGCCAACAUCAGGAGUAUCGGGUACUCAGAUCUCUUCUGCCUGUCUAAAGACGACCUCAUGGAGGCAUUGACGGAGUACCCAGACGCCAAGGCCAUGCUGGAAGAGAAAGGACGACAGAUUCUAAUGAAGGAUGGCCUGCUGGACCUGGAGGUGGCAGCACAGGGUCCAGACCCAAAGGACAUGGAGGAGAAGGUGGAGAAGAUGACAGAAACCCUAGACUUACUCCAAACGCGCUACGCCCGGCUCCUGGCCGAGCACGAGGCGGCCCAGAGCCGACUGAAACGGCGUGUCACCAAACUGGAGAAGGUGAUUCCACAGGUCGAGGAGGUCACCGGGACCGAGGGAGGUGUUCCCCCGGCAACCAGCAAGGAGACCCAAUAGUCCCCAGCUUUCAACUCUAUGGCAAACCUGUGGUGGACUUUCUCUGUGCUGAAAACAGUGUCAAGAAUGGAGACAGAGCUGUCGUGUCGUGUGAGGAGAACUCUUCAUCAUCCCUUUAUCAUCACCUGCAUUUCAAAUGGACCCCUCUUCCCUACAUACUAUGGGCUGUUAACAGACAAAGCCCAGUUCUUAUAAAAAUGCAAUUCCAGAUGAACUGGCCUUUUGACAAUGGUGUUUUAACAUUAGAUCUUUUCAGUGCUUACUUCUUUUCAACGCCGGUCCGAUUGGUCAAAGGAUCAGAUUAGUUAAGGGAAAUAAAUAGGAUGUAUGGUAAGUUUGCAGCCGGCCCGGCAGAACCUGCCCGAUCUGGCACCGGUCCAAUGUGGUGGCCUGAAUUGGGAACAAAGGCCAGGUUCUACAGGGCUUGUUUAGAAACAUCUGGGGCCCAGCCAAGCCAUGGUCUCUGACUGGAGGCGGAGCCAAGCCGUGGUCUCUGAAUGGAGGUGGAGCCAAGCCGUGGUCUCUGAAUGGAGGCGGAGCCAAGCCGUGGUCUCUGAAUAGAGGCGGUGUCACAGAACCUUUUCCCUAUCCUCACAGACGCAGUGUUUACACAGCUACCCUACGAUAAACUGUCUCAGGAACCAACCACAUCUUAUCUGUUUGGUCGUAGAUAUUACAAAGCCACAAAAUGUCAACUAAGUAAAUUAAUGCGCCUAAUGCUACUUCAUAAAACCAAUAAAGAAAUGAUUCAACCAA